AUGAUUUUCGGUCAAGGAGACGGUACGCUGGUAGGCUGCUUCAAUCAGGUUUCCCGUGAUCCGUCAUUGCAUCAACAGACAAUCAAAUCGGAUCGCAGUUGGGGUGGUGGCGAUAAGGACUGGGUUCAGUCGAGCUCACCGCGCUUUCCACUGCAGUCAUCUAAAGGGUAUCUCCUACGGUUAAUCACCAGACAACCCAUCAACGAUGCGUUCAUCCACAUACAUGGGGACCGAAUGUUGGCAGCAUCGAAGCGUCGUUUUGAUUCUGUUGCUCGAAAGAAUAGCUACCUUUAA